UAUUGCGUUCUGCUGUUGACAGCCUGUUUGUUGUGUGUCGAAUGUCGAUGUUUGCUUCUUCCGCAAAUUGCUGUUUGGUUCGAUUUAUGUCAAAACAAGUUAAUGGAAUAAAGUAGAUAUUUGAACGCCUCAAGUUCAAAAUUACAAUGCCAAGAGUCAAAGCUUCGCCGAAAAAAUGUGUGAAACCCACUAACCCACAAUCUUCCAACAAUUGGGUGUUUCUACUUAAAGGAGAGGCGUUUGAGGUGCCUGAGGGAUAUCAGGGCAGCGGGACACCAGAUGUUGUUCAGCUGAGGCACCCCCAAACUGGUGCUCCAGCCAUGUUCUUGUUCAGCCCCGGUGACAACUUGAUCCAGGAAGUUUUGACAUUUUCGGAAAAUAAAAGAUCAUGGUUUAUUGAGGAUUCUGUAAAAUCUGACGGAAAGAUGCAUCUCUCUACUCCUGUGGAUCCAAUAUUUUUGGUUCUACCAUAUUUGAGAAAAUCCCAACAUGCCUGUCCUCUGGAUCAGAUCCUGAAGGAUGACGACUUUCCAGAAGCAGAAAGACUUCUCUCUUGUUCAGGACUGAAACAUUUGUCACAAGUCGCUGACAAAAAAGGUGAUGAGGAUCUCAACGCUUACAAGUACAACGAGGAGAAGACACUGACAUGGUUGGCGAGGAAGACUGAGCGAGUGUGUGAAGUGUUGAAGCAGAAAGGAAUCCACGUGUCAAGCAACAACGCAGUCUCCGCAACCUUCGUCAAGUCUAAUCAGGACUCUGCAGAGAGCUACCUGAGAUACGCUCACGGAGUAGUGUCGGAGUACUUGGAGGAUGACUUGAGUGCAAAGUUGUCCAAACACCUCGGCCUGCCAGAGCCGGAGACUGGAGCGAACAAGCGCAAACAGCUGGCUAGCGCAAACACAAACGCUACUGCAGACAACAGUAGCAGUAAGCGACCAAAGACAGAGGCACAGGAGCCUGUCAAGAACGGUGCCCUCGAUCUCUCUAAACCUGAGAAGGUUCCAAAAACCUCAAUAACUGCAAAAGACAAGGCCAGAGCAAAAUCUGCAGCUGGUUCGAAAAACAUUUCUUCGUUCUUCAAGAAGAAAUAAUUAUUCAAGCAAUCCUCAAACUCUGUGUCCUAGCUAAGCUUAGAAUAAGAUUUUAACUGUAUUCGUCUCAAAUGUGCAAGUAUUAUUUAUUUUGUUAUUUAUACAUUUCAUUUGUUAUUUUUUACGUUUUUACAUCAUUGUUUGAUUAUUAUCGAGGAAAUACAAUUAAGAAUAAUAAAAAAUGGUGACUCUUAAA